AUGUUUCGAAACAACUACGACAACGAUGCAGUCACCUUUUCACCUCAAGGCCGCAUAUUCCAGGUCGAAUAUGCUCAAGAGGCAGUCAAGCAAGGUUCAGUAGUAGUCGGCCUUGUCUCCAAGAAGCAUGUCGUCCUCACAGCACUGAAGCGAAACGCCGAAGAGCUCUCCUCCUACCAAAAAAAGAUCAUCGGCAUAGACGACCACCUAGGCGUCGCCCUCGCCGGUCUCGCCUCCGACGCUCGCGUUCUUUCCAACUUCAUGAAGCAGCAAUCUCUCGCCAGCAGAUUAUCCUACGGCCGAGCCAUCCCAGUCGAGCGAAUAGUGAACAUGAUCGGAGACCGGGCACAGACUUCCACACAACACUACGGUAAACGUCCUUACGGAGUCGGAUUACUGGUUGCGGGUGUAGAUGAGCUGGGCCCUCAUUUGUUCGAGUUCAGCCCGAGCGGCAUGACGCAGGAAAUGCUGGCUUGCGCUAUUGGGGCGAGGAGUCAGAUGGCUAGGACCUAUCUGGAGAGGCAUCUGGAUAAGUUUGCCGACUGCAGUAGGGACGAAUUGAUCAAACAUGGUCUAUUGGCUUUGAAGGAGAGUCUGGCACAGGACAAGGAGUUGACGGUGGAGAAUACGAGUUUAGCAGUCAUCGGGAUUGGUGAAAAGGAUGGGAAGAAGAAGGUGGAGAAUUUCAAGAUGUAUGAUGGGCAGGAGGUUGGACCUCUGCUGGAAGCCAAUGUUGAGACGACGUCGGCUGAGCAGGGAGAUGCUAUGGAGACAGAUUCGUAA